AUGGGCGACUGGAAAGGUUACAUCAGUGCAGUGCUUCGGGACCAGCGCAUCGAUGACGUGGCCAUCGUGGGCCACUCGGACAAUCGUUGCGUGUGGGCCUCGCGGCCUGGGGGCCUGCUGGCGGCCAUCUCACCGCAGGAAGUCGGUGUGCUCACCGGGCCAGACCGGAGCACCUUCCUGCAGGCGGGGCUGUGCGUGGCGGGCCGCCGUUGCUGCGUCAUCCGAGACCACCUGCUGGCCGAGGGAGACGGAGUGCUGGACGCGCGCACGAAGGGUCUGGACGGGCGCGCCAUCUGCGUGGGCCACACGCCUCGGGCGCUCCUCGUGCUCAUGGGCCGGCGGGGCGUGCAUGGGGGCAUUCUCAACAAGACGAUGCACGAGCUGAUCCAUGGGCUGCGCGCGCAGGGCACCUAG